AUGAAUGCUGCUAAAGUAGGAUUGGGCACUAAAUGUCACGGCGAGCUGCGCUAUGCCGGUUGGCGUCUCGGCGCCGUGUUGCUGCUUGCCGGCGCGGACGUCGCGUCUCUGCCCAUCCCGGCGUUACUCGGAUGCGGCCGAGUCGGCUGGGCGGCACAUGUCGCAGGCGCCCUGGCGGGUCCGCUUCUGGGUCUGGCCGUGUUCCCGAACCAGAGUAAGAAGGACGCCCGCGGCCGCAGAUUCGUGCGAUACGCGCGACUGCUGUCCGCCGUGAGCGUGAUGCUACUGAUCGUCGGCGCCGUCCUCGGCAACGUCUAUCUGAUCGCUCUGCCGCAGCUCAGGAAGCCGUCCUGA